AUGACAGCUUUCCAUCCUUUUCCCCGUCUCCCAUGGGAAGUCCGAGCUCGGAUAUGGGAGCUGACCGUCGAGCCUCGAACGGUCGAGGUCAAUAUCGAAUACGAAAACACGACAGUCACCGAUGACAUGACAGCCAGAUACAACUUGGCUCCACAUACGUCUAGCCGGAUUUCUGUCCUCCGUUUGCGGUCAUCCACUGCAGUGCCUGCGCCUCUGCAAGCCUGUCGAGAAGCGCGGAUCCACCUCACGGAAGAUGGUGGCUUGGGGUACUACAGGAAGGCCUUCCACCAACUGCCAGCUGCAACGAACUACGGGAAAGAGAUGCCGCUGCAGCCCGAACUCCGGCUGGAGCUCGGCCUCGGCCUAGAGCCGCGCUACGUCUGGGUGAAUUUCGAGAUGGACAUGAUCUCCAUCGGCCAGAGUCUCUUUACGCUCUUUGCACCGUAUUACCAGGACAUCAAGCGGCUCAAGUUUGCGCGCGAACGCGACGAAGGCUUUUACCACUUCGAAUCCAAGGAGCUGCGAAACUUUGCCAAUGUCCGAGAGGUCCACGUGUCCAAAACUACCAAGUCCGUCACCAAUAGUGAAAUUUUGAAGUUGGAAGAGGUUAGAUAUUGGACUUUGGACUUCGAAUUUGAACUCACUUUCCUUUUGCCCUCCCUUUCCCUCUCUUUCCGCUCUUCGCUUUAA